UGAUCGGUGGGAGGAUCCUAUGUUUGUCUGUCCUGUUUCUUAGCACCCUCUAUGUAGGCUAAUUUACCGAAUACUGCAGCAAGGGUGUCACGAUCCAGAGAGAAGGAAGGCAAGUCGGGAGUAAAAUCUGAACAGCGGCCAGAAGAGAGUAAUGGCAGCCAUUAGGAAGAAGCUAGUGAUCGUGGGGGAUGGAGCCUGUGGAAAGACUUGUCUUCUCAUCGUCUUCAGUAAAGACCAGUUCCCCGAGGUCUACGUGCCCACAGUGUUCGAGAACUACAUCGCUGACAUCGAGGUUGAUGGCAAACAGGUGGAGCUGGCGCUGUGGGAUACAGCCGGCCAGGAGGACUACGACAGGUUGAGGCCUCUCUCCUACCCCGACACAGAUGUCAUCCUCAUGUGCUUCUCUAUCGACAGCCCCGACAGUUUAGAAAACAUCCCAGAGAAGUGGACCCCUGAGGUGAAGCACUUCUGCCCCAACGUUCCAAUCAUCCUGGUGGGCAACAAGAAGGACCUGAGGAAUGACGAACACACACGGAGGGAGCUGGCCAAGAUGAAGCAGGAGCCAGUGAAGCCAGAGGAGGGCCGGGACAUGGCUAACCGUAUCAGUGCCUUUGGCUACCUGGAGUGUUCAGCCAAGACAAAGGAUGGCGUGAGGGAGGUUUUUGAGAUGGCCACCAGGGCGGCACUGCAGGUGCGCAAGCGCAAGAAGAGGGGUGCCUGCCUGCUGUUGUGAGGAAGAGGAGGAAGAAGACCUCAGUCGUCAACUGACAAAACAACAACAUAUAUAUAUAUAUAUACGCAGGACUGACCUUUUACCAAAUGGCAUCUUUGUACUGUAUCUCAUUUCACGCUAAAGAGGUUGGUGGCCGAAAGUGCUGAACGUAAAAUAACAAGGAAAAGGACUGGUCUGUAACACAGGUUAUAAAUUAGUGUUUAAACUUCUCAGCAUUGUUUUUGUUUGUUAUGCUUAUUCCAUGCAAUGGGCACACUGUCUUUCGUCUAAUUUUUUCCCCACAAGCGUUUCUUUUCCCUGUCGCUUUUGAGAAGAUAAUAAAUGCACAUGUAUUUGUAUGCAACAUAUUUGGCUGUCCUUCCCUGGGCCUGUAGAGUCGGUCCCCUGAGCUUGUGUUGUCAACAUGCACACUGUUGGAAUCAGGACUCACCUAAACUCUUGUUCAUUUGUAACCCGUCCUGUCCGCUAGCAUAGAUUCUAUGGUAAGAGGGUCUACUUUCCAGGGGAGAGGUUUUGCUCUUUAGAACCAGUGCCUUUUUGUUUUUAGUUAUUUUUCAAGUCAUUGCAUACCACCAAGUAAUGCUCCUCCUGACCUGUUGGGCAACUCACUAUCAGGGGAGCGGAGGGCCUCCCCACGUUAAUUAUACACAGUAUGUAUUGUAUUGCAAUCCGAGCUUUGCUGCAUGUAACCUAGGCUUUGAGGGCUGUCGACAACUAGCCGCAAGAAACGACUUCAGAGUUAAUUUUACUAAGGAGAAAGCAUCAGCUAGUCCGUAUAGCAUAACAUAGUCUGAAAUCAGUCCCCCACACGCACACACUUGGUAAAGGACUGGUAGUCAGAGCACCUCAUGGCACUGUAACAUGACCCUACAGAUAUGUGUGCAGAGAAGUCCAUCCGCCCCCUCAAAUAAGGUCUGGAUUGAACAGCUGUUCCUCACAGUCGUUCUGUACAGAGAAGCUUGAAUAUCCCCACAUAAACAGAUGCUAACAUGACUUUAAAGUACCACCACACCAGGAUGUGACAAGUUAAAACAGGUGUUGCAUGAUGAUUAGGGGAGCAUGGUCUACAGUAGCUACAGUAGGUUUGUAUGAGUUGACACAAUCCUCUUUUUAGAAUGAGAAUGGCAAUGUAUUUGUCACAAGGCUGGAGCUACUGGGGUAUGAGGGAUAUGGUAUGGGGGGACUGACUGGUGGAUUCUGCCUUGAGAUCCUGUCAAGGUUGACUGGCCUGGAGAUUUCCAGUCUGACUGCAUUCUAAAGCAGCAUUCUGAGGAGCCACAUGAGUGUUUUUCAGUGCCUUCUCUUUCCUGGUAACCUGUGUGACUUUAGCGUUCCCCUCCCCGAGAGCUGAGCAGAGAGCCUGGACCGGUUGCUCAAUGCCAACAUGCCACAGCCAGUCAACUUUGACACCUCUGUCAUGUUGCACAAAGCUCAGCACUCACUCGGCCAUAAAGAAUGUCAGGGGGAAAUGAUGCUUGACAAAUUAAGAAUUUCACUGAAUAUUUUUCCAAGGUACACUUUGCCACAGCGUUCCCCUAAACAUACCUGGUUGAAACCCCCAGUUAGAAUUUGAUCAUCCAUAGAUAAGAUCUCUUCAGCUCGGUGGUUGAUUGUAUUUCAUUUGAGGAAGGAAACUCCCAGUGUACUAUGCCUGAUUUUUCAGGAACUGGUUUGGUGCUAUUUGACAAGGCAAGACCUGAAAACAUUUUUUUUUUUUUUAGAGAUACUUCUGUUGGCUGCCAAGAAAGUCCCCAAACAAUUCUCUCUCCCUACCUGUCGCACAGCUAAAAUGACGUGCUCUGCACUGUGUUAUGUUAAAAGUAACGUUUGUAGGGUGUGCUACUGAGUUGGAAAUUACUUUAACAUUCGGACAUGAUUUCAUGUCUUCUGUCAUUUUUUUUUAUAUUACACUGCUGAGAACAAUAAAAUGCAUCGGGGUUGCUGAAGUAACUGGUCAACCUAG